AUGGAGGGCAAAGAUUCUUCAAGCGAUUCUCUUACCUGCUCCAAAGAGAAUUACAAUGAGAGUGAUAGGUUCGAAAACAGCGCGGCUCAAAGCAUCUUCACUAACUCCGCCUCAUGCACUAAUGAUUCUCCUGACAGCACGUGUCUGUCCCUGGAUCAGCUCAAACACCUGAAGCUCCUUUUCGAGGUCUACGAUUAUGUGCAUGCAUUGGCAAGUGGCAUUUUGCCGGAUACUUCUAAAAAUUUCUCAGACAAGUACAGCAAAGUCCGUUCUUCUAAUGGAGUCCGCUCUGAAGGGGAACAAACCCAAAGAAAAACUACUCGAAGUAAAAAAGUCAAAGCAGCAGCGAAGCCACACCCUGGUGGCCCCCAUCCCAGGGCCUCUUUAAUGAGUGGAGUUGAAAAGACGAACUCGAUGAAAAAGAGGAAGGGAAGACCAUCUUUUUACGGACUCCACUCUUCAGAAGAUCUAGGAACCGUUUCGUUUCAUCCGUACGACUACUGGGAGUAUAUAUUUGGCUUUGAUGAAGCGUCCUUGAGUGAGACAAGCCUGCCGGAUGCGUGUAGCUUGUUGUUAAUGAGAGGUAUUGAUGGAAAUGUGUUAUUAGACAAUUCUCAUGAAAAGAAUCCUUCUCUGAAUUCUGAUCUGGCUAACAUUAUCGUCUCCUUACACAAACUUGAAAAAAACCAGCGCCUUAUGGUGAACAAGAUGAAAAAAGGGAACGCGAAUGAGUUUUUGAUCCCUGAGUCGAUUCCUAAUGCAAGGUGUGACCACAGUGAACUGGAGCAGGAUCGGAAAAUGAAUACCAAAGCGCAUGGAGAAAGUAACAUACCUCGCCAUCAUACCACGUGUUCGCCUCUUCGAACGCAAUCAAUGGCGCAUGGUGGCCACUCCAGUGCAGAUGUAGUCUCUCAUUCAUCGAGCAUGGCAGGAGAUUUGUCAGAAAACACCACAAACAGAUACCAAAGCGAAGAAUAUCAACUUAUUCAUCGGCUUCGGCGCCAUCAUGAGAGUUUUCAAAACGUUAUAAAGAAGGAAAUCGGGAAAAUGCUGGAUUGGAAAAGACUGAAAUUGUUCUGUAAGUCACAUGAAGAGAUAUACGACAGCAAGACCAAUUGCAAGACGGCUGCUGUAGAUGGUAUGACCUCUCGCAUAAAUAUGGAUCACUUACUCACACUAAUAAGGCCUCUGAAUAACGAAAAGAGUCUAGCUGAGUGCGAGCACUUCGCCUUUGAUGCCUUAGGUCUCCCCUCAACGAAGGGGGUUCCAUUCCGUUUCUUUGCUUGGUUUGUCGUUGGUCCACUUUUUAACUUCUUUUUCCCAAGCUAUGCGGCGGCGUCUUCACACACGCAUAAGCCGAUUUCGGCGCCUCCACCGUACUCUCGUUGCACUUCUGAAGGGGGUUCACCUGCUGAUGUUGGUAGUGGCACAACAUCAUCAGCUGAUCUCCUUCAUGGCUCUUCUCAUCUGAAGAAUCAUCAGCAAAAUGGGAAACGAAAGAUGAAGAACCCACCAAACAAUUUUAUGUCUGGGCUCAUUCUGGGAGAGCCUCCAGUCCAGGGUGGUGUGGAUGACGCACGAUGCAUUGGGCGAAGCGGCUUUUGCCCGUGGAAUGUGCAGCACAUGGAAGCGAUUCAACAGCUCUUUGUUCUUAUCGAUGCGGAUGCGGAUGGGCGAGUCACCUGGGAUGAACUCAUCUUGUAUGCCUUAAACACAACCCAGAUGUCACAACCCGCUGAUAAGGGGACCGCCAGGCGAGACCUCGUGCAGGGUAACGACGCGACGCAGGAACACGUCCCCUUCCCGAUUGUGAAAUUUUUUAACUUCACCGAGAUGCCAACGAAUCGGAGUCCGUGGCAGGCAACCUACCCUCUCGUUCACCACCUUUACCACCGAAAGGUAUUCACCAAGCUUCUGGUCUGCGAGCAAAGUAGCGGGUAUAUCACGGCAGGGCCGGAUGGCUUGGUGAAACUGUGGAAGCCCGAUCUCUGUUUUUUUCGCCAGAACGCCAUUUCGACGACGACUAAUACCAGAGGAGGUACCUCUACUCGGGGAGCGAUCCCCCAAACGGGUAUGACUUCAAAAGGCGGAUCUGCCCACCCUUCAUCCCCUUCGGGGAAUGUCAAUCGCAAGGGUUUCACGGGAAAAUAUAGCAAUAAGCCGCCUAUCGUGCACAUCCGGCAUUUGUUAAGUGCGCGUGCGGCCAUCACAGACCUCGCGCUCUCACCACCUUCCCUCGGUGAUGCGGAGGUGCUGGCGGUCGCAGCGAUUGACGGCACGGUGACCCUCUUGAGAGUAAUCUCAGGUGAGGUGGUGCGUACCUUUUUGGGUGUCCGUUAUAGUGAAAAGCAGAUUGCCUCCACAUCUUUACUGAAGAAAGGCUCCGCGGGCGAUCCGAACGGCAGGACGCAAGGAUCGGGCGAAGGGUUGACCGAGGUUAAAAAACUCACGAAGCCCGUUGUUAAAAUUAGCCGAAGCGGGGUAUGCUCGCCCUUUAAAGGUUCAGUCUCACGCUUGCCCUACACCAUUCGCGCUUAUCACGACGAUUCCAUCGAGAUUUUCUUUGGGAAAACAAGCAAGUACUUCAAAGGACUCGUGGUUGUGCCACCCACCUUUGAGCAUCUCGUCCGGCACGUAACGUGUCCCUCCGAUCUUCUGCUGAACUUCGGGCUGCCAUCGGGCGGUAUGUCGCCCGGAGAGGAUCCUCUUUCAGACCCCUCAUCGGUGGAAAGGGGGGAGUCGGUGCCGUGGUUCGCGACUGCCGUCGCCAUCGUCAGCUGCCCAUCGCUUUUCCCCAACGCACGACGCCCUCGAGGAGGGAGGGAUCGUCAAAACUCCACCCACUCAGAAUCCCAGGAUGACAAGCUCAAGGGGACGUCAAAAGUCCCUUCUGACCAUGCUGAUAAGCUGAACAUCGCUCCCUUCACAGGUUGUCUGUUUCUGGGUUUUGAGAACGGCGUACUUCAGGUGUUUGCGGUGCAGAGAAACUGGUUUUCGAUCCACGAGUGGUCCAUGCAGGAGAAUGGCUACCAGGAGCCGCCCUGUGUGCGUCGCCCGCUCUUCAGUGCGCGAAUUCACUCGGCUGCCAUCACUCGUUUGAUUGUGUCGGAAGCCACUAAUUCGAUCUUUACGGUGAGUGAUGAUGCCACUGUUUGUAUUCGUGCACUCUCGCGGCUUGAGGCACCGGCGCUGAUGCAGUUUGGUAACCGAACGGCGAAUCUUCAUCGGCAUGUUUCGCACGGCGUCAUCCGCGGCCAGCGGGUGCCCUCCCCGGCGCGGACUCUUCUCGAGCACAAUCCCGCAAUAGGACACUCCAAGCGUGUUACUUGUGUAUGCUGGAGUGAGCAGUAUCGCCUGCUCGUGACCGGCGGUCGCGAUCACAUGAUCAUCUUUUGGUCCCCUUUGAUGAAUCGGCCGAUUCGCGAGAUCGACGUUCACAAUCUUGCAAACUUGGCAGCUCAGAAUCCUGUCAUUUGCUCUCUUUCUGCCAAGAAAAAUCUUGGUGCAUGCGGCUAUCCCGUUGAUGUGAGCUUUUUCAUUCGAUCCAUUCCUGGCUCUUCGUCGGAGAAUGGCCUCGCCUCAAUGGAAACACCACUGUGGCUUCUCGUCCUGACUAGGCAGCGCGUAAUCUUUAUUCUACACGCCCUUACAGGUCGGCUUGUGAAAGCAUUAGUUGAUCACUCCGCGUCGUCUCUCGCGCUAGGAGAUCUUUUCGUAGCUCGUUAUGAGGCCAUGUGUGAUCGUUUGUUGCUCGGUGGGUACUGUUUACGGGUAUGGGAUAUAGAAUCUGAUGGCAGUACGUAUCCAAACGGCUACAAUGGGCACCGCCAGCCGAUUUUGUACAUGAACUAUGUACCUGACUUGACAGCCUUUAUCACGGCCGAUAGGGAUGAGAUCUGGGUGUGGAAGGUGUCUCUUGAAAUGGUGUGCGCAAAGUGUAAUAAGAAAUCCGCAAACUCGGACAGCGGAAACAGAUGUAAAGAUGGGGAAGAUCCGUUAUCACUGGGGGGUAAUGACUCUAGCAUUCUGCCUCACCUAAUUAAAAGUUACCCCCUUGGAGACUGCGAAAAUGAAAGCGAGAAUGAAGCCAAAAGUAAACCUAUGUGGCGUUUAAAAUCAAAGGUCAUGCGUUCGUGGCAUGUUUCAGAAGGCGUCAGCGCCGUGGCCAUGGCUAGCGCAAGCAACACCCUCGCUCGGCAGGAACAACACAAUCAAAGAGAGCUAGCCAAUGGGGAAGAUUCCAUGAACUCCUCUGCCUCAUCGUUGUUUAAGUUGAAGGUAGGUUUCCAGAGCAACGGAAGCGCCGGCUGUGUCGAGUACACUCUCUUUGUGGCGCUGCUUCGGGAGGCUGCCGUUGAGCAAUACGGUAUCUUGAAUGGUGCACCGCUUCGUCGCUUCGCAUUGCAGCCACCUGCUUCGUUGACAAGGAGUCUGAACGCGCGUGUUGGUGAAGCAACCGACACCCUAUGCUCUCUUUGUGUCGGCCAGCGGGAACUCCGUUCGCCGUCAAACGACGAGGCGAAUGAAAUCUACCAAAAGGCUCAGCAAAACUGGUCGGUAGGGGGCCGACGCCCCGCAAAGCACAUGCCGUCGGUGUUUUUGUGUACAGUGUACAACAACACCGGUCCACAAGCCGGCCUCGCCUCUAUCCAUCACGUUCAGAAGGAUCAACACGGUAAUUGGGGCUGCGAUUCCGAAACGAUCAAUGAGUCCUUGGAGCCAUUGGCCGCGGGAACGCCCCUUGAUCCCACACGUGGGAACGGAAAAGGCAAGAAACGUAGAGGUAAGGCGAAACAUCAAUCACCAAAGAGCCCUGCGAUGAUGACGAGUGCCACUGGCGAAUCCGGCGACGCCAAGAACCUGAAGCCCUACCGACAGCUCGUUUUUAACGAUACGUCGAUUGCGAGUAUCGCGACCGUCGACGCACUCGGGCUGAUUGUCGUUGGUGGGGAUGGUCGGCUUCACACGACGCGGAUGUCCGAGCUCACCUCUCGCGCGUUGCCAUGUUGGACGCUGGAGGAACUUCCGAACGACGCGCGCAGUUCGCGUAGAGGGAGUGAAAAGCGCGGUUCCGUGGAGUGUCGGUCGUCGCUGAUCCCCUCUUUACAGGACUCACGCCGCCAUCAAAGCCUUCCCUCGCCGCCGCUGCAUCUCAUGGCGAUCUUCCACGGACGUCUCGUCCCACGGCCGACGCCGCUGUUCGCAAAAACGACGCCGAGCGCGGCCUCCGCGGAGAUGUGUUUCACCACCCACGCCCCUACGACGCCCCUUCUCUCCUGUUUGCUGCCGAUUUUCAUGAAAGGAAGGAACUGCCCGUGGGGGGUGCAUUUGGUCGUCUCCGGCCGCGAUGACGGCCUCGUGCAGCUCUGGGAUGUCGAUCAGAUGGUGGAGUGUUUCCGUUUUCAGGCGACGUGGGGGGUGGAGAUUGCGGUGACGGCGCUGGAUUACCAGUGCUCGAACCCGGGGGAGGCGUGCGAUGGGGAGACGAAUCCCCUCUUUAUGGUUCCCCCUUCGAUGCAAGAAGGUCAAAACGGCUUUUCAUCCAACGACCACGCCGAUGGGUUUCUCGCCGUGGGGGAUCAAGCCGGCUGUGUGCUUCUAAUCGGUAUCAAUAGCUCCUUGCUUCUCGCCUCGCGGCGCUUGUCUGAGGCCACUACAUUAGAAUCGUCGAAAGGCUCGCUAACGCCCUCACCACAAGGACAGCAUCAUACCCGAUUACCACCAAAAGUCACUACUUUAGAUAUCCUUCCAUCUAUCUACAAUGGCUCUCGUAACGCACGAUCGAGCUCACGGACGUCGCUGCUGCGUCGUGCUUCUAUAUGGGGCAACUCGGAGCGGGCAUUCAUCGUCUUAGGUCGUUGGAAUGCCCAUGAACACGGUUCCGGCGGCGUGCGAAACGUCUGCUUUGCCGGGUCACUGAAUUAUUUCGAAAGAAACUACGCAGGCACGAAGUUUGAGGGUGAGAACUCGCAUGAUGUGAUUUCUCAAACUACGUUAAUGUCCACUCUGUCCCUCCGUUCGUCUAAAAUGAAAGGGAUUACAAGGAGACCUCCAACUGCUACCGAGCAUCUACUAAAACACACAACGAUCUUCCUUGCUUCUGCUGGCGCGGACUCCUUUGUGUACGUAUGGCGAUGGGAGCAAGGGCUUGGAGUGCAAUGUAUCGGUUGUUUUGGUGGCGAUGACGUGGCGGUGUGGCCUAGAAACAGUAUUGCCGCUUCCGGCCUAUCCCCUUCCUUCAGCUUUCCACCGCAUCCUUCCUGUUGUCAAGCAUACGAGGAUGCACGAUGUCAGUAUGUUUUGAGUCGUCUGAUUGGGGAUGCGUGCUUGUUCGUGGUAUCACAGGCUGAAUUGGCUGCUCUAAUAUCCCCACCCCAGCAACCGAGUCCAUCGCAUUUAUGUCCGACAGAUGGCAAGAGUGAUUCAGCGAACAUGCAAACGGAGAGAAAGUUCCUGAAUGAAAUCGAGAAGGCACUUCUCUUUAUGUCCCGGGAAGUGCAUGCGCUAGCUGCGGCAGAUCCCGUCUGGAAGCCUUCUGCUAACUUAUUGGAAAAAGACGUCCUCAAAGGACACGAAGACUGCACCAAGGCUCUCGAAAAGGGCGCGGGGGAGAGGUUUCGGGCGAUGUCCAUUACACACUGGCAAGGCGAAUUGCAUAGAAACAAGAAAAAUGCCACAGUGUUUGGAAGCCACAUUAACGAUUAUAAUAGCUUCGAUGAUCGAUACAACGCUCCCUCUUUUAUUACAUCAUCUCCGUAUGCAUCUUAUGUGUUCGCAUUCAUGCAUGGGACGUAUACAAAUGCAUCCCUACAGGAAUGCCUGGAGCAUACCGUUAGGAUGGUGCUCGCAACGCCAGAAGGCCUUGCUGCUAUUCACUCGGCCAGCAACAAGAUGCACAUAUGGCUUCACUCGGUCGCGACAGAGGAAUUCACUGGCAUACUGUCCAAAACCGCUCUCAAAAGACGAUCCGUACCGUUCGCCACCCAUGAUGAGAAUAGCAGGGAGCCCAGAAAUAGGGUAAUGACGUUGGAGUCAGGCUCCGUGCCGUCGAUAUUGCCGGAACUAAGCUGUAGAGAUGGAAGCAUGAGACGAACAGGCCCCCCGACAAGGGCAGGGUCACUGGGAAGGAGAACUUCCACCCAAUUCUAUGACCUCGACACCGUUAGCUCCGCGGGGUCAUUUGUGAGCACCCAAGACCAUAGUAAGUCUACCUUGGCGUCGUCACGAACAAAUAGCAUAUCCUUUGGCGCCGAUUUGCACGCCAACCCCGACGAAUCCCCGCUUGGGGUGGUCCCUCAGCAGCAUGAAGAGGGCACCCUUCCCGAACUUGAUCUGGAAGCCCCCCACGCGGAAAACAAACCCUUUCACAACCGCCCUCGGCUGCGUAGUAGCUAUCUCAAGGUCCCGAUGGGCGUCGCCGCCGCGCAGCUGAGCCGGGUUUCCAGCGCGGAAAGCCACCAGGGCGGCUGCCCCCGCAGCCUCUCGGAAGAGUCACGCAGGGCCACCCCGGAUUCAUUCAUGGAGGGGAGUCAAAAGUCAAAGGCCGGGACGGAAAAUUCCCUCCCCAGCGAGCCUCGGACCCAACCCGCUGUGACACGACGACGUCGUCCCCUCCUGCAGGAAGCGACGGUCCUCAAAGACGACUUUCUCCUCUCCUUGCAGAACAACUCCUUGUCAAAGAACACGUCAAACCAGGACACGCGGGACACCGCGGCGGCGACAGGACUGCAGGGGCUCGCCGCCUACGGGGAGUUCAUCGCAGCAGCGGCGCGGGCGAAGCGGCCUAGAGGUGUGGAAAGCGCCGAGACCCACGGAGGGGGUGGGAAGAAGCCGCUCUUUGAGGAUUUUUCGCACCGGGGUCGCCCGAAGGUCGCCGGGCGGGCUUUCAUUCGGGAGAUCCUCGCGCGUCACGCGAAGGGCCACGACGAGGUCUCUCAAACCUCCGCCCCGUCCUCCGUACAGGGUGAGGGCGAGGAUUGGUAUGACAAGCGUGAACGGCAUCGGGAGCGGCAGCGGCGGGAGGAGGCCAUCUGGAAUACGCCGCGCGUGAUGCAAAGUCUCAUGACGUGGAGCAGCAGGGAGCCAUCGGAGGUGGGAAUACGCCUAGGGUGUGGUAGCGCCAUCACCCCCGCCGGUUCAACACUCCAUAAGGAGAUGAAUGAAGUGACAGAGUGCAGUUCAAGCGCAGAUGGUAAAUUCCAACCCAUGUCGGUUUCGUCAUUCGGCGUCUGUCAGGAUAGCACUCCUUUCUCUGGAUCGGAGAGGCCCGCCAUUCCGUCCUUUAUCCCGCUCUAUCUCAAUCUCAAUCGAUUUCCUUACGAUGAGACUAGUUCAGAUGGAAAAAGGGCGCAGUCGCCUGAAAGCAGGACCGACGGUAGCAAGCACGCUGCUUCAGGAACGCGGAGUACUUCCCCCGGUAUUUCUUCCGUGCUUCCGCGCGGAAAAGCAUUUUUGCAGUCUCAAGCUGAGAAAGAAAUAGCCGCUAUGCACUUUCAUCGCACAGUCGCCUCCGAGGUGGAAACUAUGAGGCAAAACAUUCGAAAAGCUGUUCUUGAACGUGAACAAAUCGACUGUGAAUGA